CAACACCACAGCCUUUAACGAAGGCAAGCUCCAGUAGUAGAAGUCCUCUACUGGCAACUCCAGUAGUCAGAAUUCCCCUUCAUUUCAUGAUUGUGCGGUUAGAAUCGCUGUUAACAGCAAAAUUUAUAUCCAGAUUCAUCGGGGCGUCAAGUCACAGGGCCCCAGGAAAGCAUGGAGGCCACGUACGGGAUAGGAAUCACCAAUAGGUAUGCGUUGUUUUUAGAUGAGGGUGAAGAUCCUCUGGAAGUCAUUAAGGAGAAAACCAAGAAACCGGCAGAGAAAACAGUCGAUGCCGGAGCUAAAACUGGUAGUGCGAAGCCGGCCGAAGUCAAAGGCAAAGCCGGUGGAGCUCCUACUCAACCAGCUACAGCAGCUAAGAAAACUGCUGUACUAAAGGAGACGCAAGCCAAUGUUAUCAAACCCGCCGAACAAAACAAGCCCCGUGAAGAUGGAUAUCGAUCUGGCCUUGGUCCUAGACCACCAAGGGGAGACAGGGGAGGUCGUUUCCCCAACAGCAUUCCCCGAGAAGAAAGGAACAACAGGAGGAAUGAAGACCGUCCUAGGGAUUUUGGAUCCGUGACUAACACGGAGGGUGGAUCUCCUGGCACGGGUAACGAUGCUGAAUUCCGUCCUCGCUCGGCGUUCCGUGGUGAACGAGGUGCGUUCCGCGGCGGAGACCGUGGCGGCCGUGGUCGUGGACGCGGUCGUGGCGGUAUGCAAGACCAACGAGGAAAACGCGAUUUUGACCGCCAAUCUGGCUCUGACAAGAGUGGCGUUAAACCCAUUGAGAAACGUGAAGGUAGUGGUCCGCACAAUUGGGGAAGCGUCCAAGACGAAAUCGAGGGCCAGCUGGAGCCUGCUGUCGCUGAAGAGGUUGUCGAGGGAGAGGCUGAAGUCGUCGCUCCUGCCGAAACAGCUGAAGUCAAGGAGGGAGAAGAGACUGCUCCAGUGGCUCCUGAAGAUGAAGAGCCCAAGGAGUUGACGCUAGAUGAGUGGAGAGCUCUGAGGGGUGAACGCAAGAAGCCCGAGUUCAAUAUUCGCAAGCCAGGAGAAGGUGAAGACAACUCUCAAUGGAAAAAGACCUUUGUUCUUGACAAGAAGAAGGAUGACGAUGAAAGCGAAGAGGAAAUUAUCGAUCUGACGGCCGAGUAUCCUCAACGAGCUGGACGCCAAAAGCGUUUGGACAUCGAGAUCCGCUUCUCUGACUCGCGUCGUGGAAGCGAUCGCGGUGGUCGUGGUCGCGGAAGGGGUCGCGGCGAGGGAGGAUUCCGUGGUGAUCGCGAAGGCGGUUACCGUGGAGGCUUCCGCGAAGGUGGAGAGCAACGUGAAGGUGGUGGAUAUCGCGAGGGAGGCUACCGUGGUGGAUACCGCGGCGGCGAUCGCGAAGGUGGAGAACAACGUGAAGGCGGCGGAUACCGUGGAGGCUUCCGCGGAGAUCGCGAGGGAGGCGAGCAACGCGAAGGAGGUUACCGUGGUGGAUACCGCGGUGGCGAUCGCGAGGGAGGCGAGACCCGUGAGGGUGGCGGAUACCGUGGAGGUUUCCGCGGAGAUCGCGAGGGAGGCGAGCAACGUGAAGGCGGCUACCGUGGAGGUUACCGCGGUGGAUACCGUGGCGAUCGCGAAGGAGGCGAACAACGUGAAGGUGGUGGCGGAUAUCGUGGUGGAUACCGCGGCGAUCGCGAAGGAGGCGAACGUGGUACUUACCGUGGCGGAAGAGGAUCCCGUGGUGGUAAUCGCGGUCCGUCCAUGCCAGCCGCUCCUAAAGUGGACGAUGAGAAGGAUUUCCCGGCCCUCGGCUAAAUCCUCAUAGCAGGGUUGACAGGUGUGCCCUAAAAACCACCUCUUCGUGAACACAUACGAGUAGCCUCCUCCGCCAGCUCGACCAGGCUCCCCCACCACUACUCACCAAUUUUUUUUUCUCCUUUAAAAAAAGAAGCCAAUAACCACCACCACAUCCUCGUUUAUCUUAAGGAUGGAUAGUUAAAUCAAAUGACGUAGCUCCAUUUCUUUUCUUUCUUUUUUUUUUGUCUUUCUCUAUGCGUGUGCGUGUUCGUCGUGUAUUACAUUUACAUCCUCGCAUUCGAUCCCUUCUCCCCCUCCCUGCCCCACCUCAUUUCCCUCCAAGCGUCAACACCAUGCCAGGUGUUAAGCAAUCAAAGUUGAAGUAGUUUAUUUCUUGAGAAACCCGUCCCACCUGCGUAACAAGAAAAAAAUCUAGCUCAAUGAAAGCUCGAAGUACAUUAAUUCCUAAUUGAUUCUCCAUAUAGGAAGAUUAAGUAAACAAAAAAAAAUUAGUAUCCCUUAAUGAUGAAACUACUACGGGUUUUUCUCUCGACUUUGUUGGAAAUAUUUUUUUGUCAAUUUCUCUCGCCAAACAUCUCCCCGUCCCCUCCCUCCCAUCCAAUCAAGCCCAGUCUGGACUGUUCGAAGUAUUUUGAGGACGUGAAAAAAAAAUUAAGGUGUGAUGUAUUCUUUAUCCAUUUUUUUCUUCUUUUUCUCCCCCCUACAGUUAUGAGUUGGAAUUCUCUUGGAGCCUCCGUUCAUUGAAGUAGUCAAAACAAAAAAAAAAACGAAGUUGUGUUAAUUGGUGGGGUGGUUGUGGUUAUGACUUGGUUUCUUUUUUUUUCUUUAGGAGGAGGCCUGCCCUCUUUUGUGUAGACAUGUGACAGAUGACGAUCCGUUUCAGAAAAAAUAAAAAAAAACGCCAUUUUGCGCUGAAUGGAAAAGAA